AUGUCUAACUCUGUUGGAGCCUCACCCGGGGCAAACCAAGCGCCUCCACUGCCUGCUUUUCGGCCGCGGAGUUGUUUUGCUUGCCGCCGGCGUAAGGUGCGAUGCGACCGCCAGAGCCCUUGCUUGAGCUGUACGAGAAACAUAACCGAGUGCGUCUUCCCCGCCCCUGGAAGAUCGAUGCGCCAUGACAGCACCAGCGCCCAGACGCCGAAAAGAAAGCAGGCUCAUUUGCUAUCACGCCUUCAACGUCUAGAGUCUGUCGUGGAGAUCUUGGCAGCCCAGGUCAAGGGGCCGACAGAAAGCGGCUCCGUCGAGUUAGAUGGUGCCGGGUUUGUCGGUCAAGGGAUUGGCAAAGACGGCCGUGGUUCUGAGCUGGAUGACAAGACUGCGAGGCUUGGGGAGGAAGUCGGCCGUCUCGUCGUCGAUGAGAAUGGAAGUGUCUAUAUCGGGAAUCAGUUUUGGGCCGCGUUUCGUGAUGAUAUCAACCAAAUUAAACAAGUCUUCGACAAUGACGACAGGCAAGGAGAUAUUUACUCGGCUGAAACUUCUUCCCCCAACGGAUCAAUUCCCCGCGACCUAACCAGACAAAGACGGGACGACUCCCUGCUCUUCUUAUUCUGGCAGAGUCGGGCACAAGAUGUACCCCUAAAGGAUCUUCACGCGUUUCCCUCCCAACUUCCUAUCAUCUGGCAAAUCUACAUUGAGAAUGUUGACCAGUACAGCAAGAUGUUGCACGUCCCAACAUUUGCGAAGAGAAUCCAAGACCUCCAAGGUGAUUUCAGCAGGAUGACUCCGGGUAUGGAGGCAUUGGUGUUCGCCAUCACCAUGUCCGCUAUCAACUCUAUGAGUAAUGAAGACGUCAAGAUCAAGUUGCAUGCAGAAAAAUCUGAUCUUGUCGCGCGGUAUCGCACCGGUACAGAAAUCGCACUCGCCCUCGCCGACUUCAUCAACACCACGGAGCUCGACGGAAUCCAGGCAUUUUCCAUCUUCCUUGACACAAUUCAAACUAUGGAGUCUCCGAAAUACGUCUGGUCCAUGGCUGGUCUGCUCGCUCGGGUUGCAGUGUCAGCCGGACUGCACCGCGACGGGUCGAAUUUCCCAGGCAUGAGUCCCUUCAACAUUGAGAUGCGACGGCGACUAUGGUGGAAUAUCUUGUUCAUUGAUGGGCGCUCCGGAUCCGACCAGAUUGCUGAGGCCUCUCUCCACGAGGAGAUGUUCGACACAAAACUACCCACGAACGCCAACGAUACCGACCUCGAUCCUAGUAUGAAGGUUCCACCUGUUGCCAGGAAUGCGAUAACUGACACCACGCCCAUUCUCGUCCGGUCGGAGCUUUGGCGCCUGACCCAGCGUACUAGCUCUUCGUUGUCCGCGUUGAAAUCGAAGGGCAGAAUGGAUCUGGUGGAGACGCUGAAGCUGUGUCGGGAGACCACGAGGCGUCUCGACCGAGACUACUUCGACAAACUCGCCUACGGUACCCCUGCGCAGCUGUUCCUCAUGCGUGCGAUUCGACUGGUUCUUGACAAGUAUGAACCCACGCUCUCCCACCGAAUCGUUCAUUCUGGGGGCAGCAGUCAGGAUCCCCCGGCUGAAGCCCAUGUCGCGUGGCUGAUAGGCAGCGCGUCUUCCAUACUGGAACAGUCCGCCGACCUGUUGACUGAACCCUCGUUCCGCCAGUGGUCAUGGCAGCUCCGCAGCUCCGUGCCGUGGCACGCGCUCAGCAUCAUACUCAGCCAUAUCUGCAGCCAGCCAUGGGGUCCGGCUCUCGAUCACGCCUGGACAGCAGUGGAAAAUCAGCUGGCCAUACUGCCCGAGGAGGCUAAAAGUGAUCCGCUUUGGAAUCCAGUCUCCAGGCUGUUGCACCAAGCCCAAAAACUCCAUGCCGAGCAAGGCGCGAGACGGGCAACGUUGGGGAAUACAGCACGAUUGCCCGAAACGGCUCCGCAAGUCGGUAGCGUUGAAUUCUUCGCGGAAGGUAGCCUAGGACCGGUUGCGGUCGGCUGGAAUAUGGCUUUCCCGGGCACAAGUGAUGACUUAAUUCUGGAUACAGUCGACUCGGAGCAGUGGGAUGCCAUGAUGGCGCUCAUUAUGGACCGCAGCUUGAGUACAUUCGCUUUCUGUUUUUGA